AUGCUGUUGGUCUACUGCCUCCUGCCGGCCAUCGUCAUUGCACGCUACGUGAACUUGUCUACUGAGACCUCAGCAUCCGCCGCCAAGCAUCUAGUGACGGUCAGCAUGCCGCUCACGACUACCGCUCCGCCUGUAGGCAUGAAUAUGGACAAAGCCGGCCCGAUACCCGCCACGAGACUCUAUUCACACACAUCUGCGUCUGGAUUGAAGACGACCAACACUACUCACACGUCCGAACCUCAGCUUCCAACUAGGACCGCCAGCCGAGCUAAAGUUCCAGCAUUUCUGUCCUUUCUUUCCCGGAAGUCAACGGCGAAUCGGUCUGAAACAAUGUCUACUACGAAGUUCGAGCCCCUCCUGGGCAAUUCUACCAUUGCUUCGUCUAGCACAACUAGCACAACUAGCACAACUAGCACAACUAGCACAACUAGCACAACGAAGUUCUACCCUCCACCCGAGCUUCAGCCUCCUUCCAUAACCUCUGACUUGGAGACUUUACCAACCUUCCAUCCGCAGCCCACAGAGUCCUAUUCAACAGGCCAAUCUCCGUCCGUAACGUCCAACUUAGAGACUUUCCCGAUCUUUCAUCCAGACCCAACAGAAUCAUUUCCCACGUUUCGUCCAGAUCCCACAGAUUCAUUGACCACGACCUCUUCAACGAGCACCGGUGGUACGAAGAGCAAGACUUAUACCACCUAUCCGGGUUUGAAAAAGGCUAUCAGUAUCAAUCAGUUUCAAACACCAGUACCCCUGUCUACACCAUGUACCACUCCAGUGACAGCAGGAAAGCGUCGGAUAUCGCCGCUGCGACUUGAGAAAGUUAAGACAUCGUACGCUCUGCAAGGGAAACGUCGUGGUAGCGGGCGAGUGGUCCGCUGGAUAUUGAGGCCAUUACCGGUAACAACAUCUACCGCCACGAAGACAGCUAUACCGGCUCUUCACAAUGAUAUGUGUCUUAUGGUAGUGUUCGAAUGUGUGUACCUCGAUAUGAGUGCGAAUCCAAGUCAUAUCUCGGGUCAUCAUACUGACAUGGCGUUUCGCUUGCGCUCCAACUCCUUGGGGUCAAGCAACAGCGAGGGGGAGAGCAAAGGGUUGAACUCAGUUACUGUAGAUAUCUUAGAAAUCUGAUCGACAAAAUACACGUUGACGAGAGCAACCUUUGCGCCUGUGCGGCUCUACGCUGAACAACAAAUCGCCUCGUGAUGCACGGCUCUCGCUCGAGAAAGAUGACGUCAUCGGUUUCGAGGGCGGCUUGAGAGGCCCUUUGACGAGCAUGGUGAUAUGCUUUUUCCGCCGCUGCUGGAUCGGAGAUUGAGGGUAGCUGAGG